AUGACUGAAUCCCUUUUUUCGGACUUUGGCUCGCUGUGGUACCUGGAAGAGCUCAGAAAGGAAGAGUUCUGGAAAUUUAAGGCGCUCCUCAAGCAAGAGCCUCUGCAACUUGACCUCAAGCCAAUCCCGUGGACUGAGCUAAAGAAGGCUUCAAGAGAAGAUCUAGCGAAGUUGUUGGACAAGGAUUACCCAGGAAAGCGGGCAUGGGAGGUGACCCUGAACCUAUUUCUACAGAUCAAUCGGCGUGACCUCUGGACAAAGGCUCAGGAGGAGAUCAGAAAGAAACCCAACCCAUACAGAAAUCACAUGAAGGAAAAAUUCCAUCUCCUAUGGGAAAAGGAAACCUGCCUUCUGGUUCCCAAUGAUUUCUACAAAGAAAUCACUAAGUGUGAGUAUGACAAGCUGCAUGCUGCCUAAAGCACCAGCAGGAGAGCCUUUCCCACUGUGGUCUUGCAAGGUCCAGAGGGAAUCGGAAAAAUAACACUUUUGAGAAAAGUGAUGCUGAAAUGGGCAGAGGGGAACCUCUGGAAGGACAGAUUCACAUUUAUCUUCUUCCUCAAUGGCUGUGAAAUGAACGCUAUGACCAAGACCAGGUUAGUGGAGCUCAUCUCCAGGGACUGGCCUCAGUCUUCAGAGCCAGACGAGGACAUCUUCUCUCAGCCGGAGAGGAUUCUGUUCAUCAUGGAUAGCUUUGAGGAGCUGAAAUUUGACUUGGAGCAAAUGACUCAGUUGUGCGACAACCAGAGACAGCGACAGCCAAUGCAGAUUAUCCUGAGCAGUUUGGUGCAGAAAAAAAUGCUUCCAGAGUCUUCUCUGCUUGUUGCAUUGGGAACAGUGGGCAUGAGAAAAAAUUAUUUCUUAUUGCCGUGUCCGAAAUACAUAACCCUCUCAGGAUUCUCUGAACAUGAAAGGAAGCUGUAUUUCUACCAUUUCUUCCGUGAGAGGAAUAAAGUCUUGAAAGCCUUCAGUUUUGUGAGGGGCAAUAUGCCGCUGUUUCUCUUCUGUCAUAAGCCCGUUGAAUACUGGCUGGUCUGUACUUGUAUGAAAUGGCAGGUGGAGAGAGGAGAAGACCUUGAGAUUGUGUCUGAAAGCACCACUUCUUUGUAUGCAUCCUUUUUUAUUAGUGUAUUCAAAUCAAGAAAUGAGAACCGUCCACCAAAGCAGAGCAGAGCCCGACCGAAAGGCCUGUGUUCCUUGGCUGCAGAGGGAAUAUGGACUCACAUGUUUGUGUUUUGCCAUGGGGACCUCAGGAGGAAUGGGGUAUCUGAGUCCGAUGCCUUGAUGUGGUUGGGCAUGAGACUCCUUCAAAGGAAUGGCGAAUGCUUUACCUUCAUACAUGUGUGCCUCCAACAGUUUUGUGCCUCCAUGUUAUAUCUGCUCAAAGAAUCCAAGGACAGUCCUAACCCGGCCAUUGGAAGUGUGACCCAGCUUGUGACAGCAAGCACGAGUCAGGUCCAAGGCCGCUUGUCCCAGAUGAUAACAUUCUUGUUUGCAUUUUCAACUGAAAAAAUAAGCAACAUGCUGGAGACAUCCUUUGGUUUUCUCCUGGCCAAAGAGAUAAAGCAGGAAAUAACCCAAUGCCUUAAAAGUUUAAGUCAGCAUAACUCUGAUCAGGAGGUGGUGAAUUUCCAGGAAUUGUUCAGCAGUUUGUUUGAGACCCAUGAAAAAGAGUUUGUAGCACAAGUGAUGGAUUUCUUUGAGGAAGUUAGUAUUUAUAUUGGUAACACAGAAGACUUGGUGAUAUCUGCAUUCUGCCUAAAACAUUGCCAAAAUUUGCAGAAACUUCACCUGUGUAUAGAAGAUGUCUUCUCAGAUGACUCUGGAUCCAGCACAAAUCUCAGUAAGAAGCUCUCCUUUUGGUGAGACCUUUGCUCUGUGUUCACCAUGAACAAGAACUUCCAGAUGUUAGAUUCGGACAACUGUAAUUUCAGUGAAGCCUCCCUGGCGAUUCUCUGUAAGGCUCUGGCUCAGCCUGUUUGUAAACUCCAAAAGUUCAUUUUUAGGUCUUCUCACCUUGGAAGUGGCCCCUACUUGCAUAAGGCCAUUCUUCACAACCCUCAUCUGAAAUAUCUGAACCUGCAUGGCACAAGCCUCUCCCACACGGAUGUCAGGCAGCUGUGUGAGAUGCUGAAACACCCAGUGUGCAGCAUAGAAGAGCUGACGCUGGGAAUGUGUGACGUCACAACAGAAGCUUGUGAAGACAUUGCCUCUGUCCUUGUCUGCAAUAAGAAGCUGAAGCUUCUCUCCCUGGUAGAAAACCCCCUGAGGAACGAAGGCAUGAUGAUACUGUGUGAUGCCCUGAAGAGCCCAGAUUGUGUGCUGGAGACACUGUUGCUGAUGUGCUGUUGCCUCACCUCUGUGGCCUGUGACUACAUCUCCCAAGUCCUUCUGUGCAACAAAUUCCUGUCCCUUCUUGAUCUGGGGUCAAAUUUCCUGGAAGAUAAUGGAGUGGCAUCUCUUUGUGAGGCACUGAAGCAUCCAAACUGCAAUAUUGAGCAGUUGUGGUUGGUGGAUUGUUGCCUCACUUCUCUCUGUUGUAAGGACCUCUCUGCUGUUCUUGUUUGCAGUGAAAAGCUAAAGACCCUGAAACUAGGGAGCAAUGACAUCCAAGACGCAGGUGUCGAGCAGUUACGUGAAGCUCUGAAGCAUCCGGACUGUAAAGUAGAGAAUCUUGGGCUGGAAAUGUAUCAGCUCACCAGGACCUGCUAUGAGGCCCUGGCCUCGGUGCUCACUGUCUGCAGAUCACUGAAGAGCCUGGAUCUGGACUGGAUUAGCUUAGACCAUGAUGGGGUGGUUGUGCUGUGUGAGGCCCUGAACCACCCAGACUGUGCCCUGCAGCAGCGCCGCCUUUGCAAAUCUCCUUUUGAUGAGGAGAUUCAGACGCUGCUCACAGCUGUGGAAGAGAAAAAUCCCCACCUGACCGUUUCCCAUCUUCUCUGGGUCAACGAAGAGUACAGGAUCGGGGGUGUGCUCACCUGA